AGCACAUCUUUCCCACCAAACCCAAAGGCUUGCUUACCUUCAGCUGAGAGCAUCCAAGAGCCUGGGCGAGAAGUAGCGUGAGCCAGCAUGGAAGAACGUGGCAAUUCUCCAAGGCCUUAGCAGAUAGACAGCUCCAAAAGGAUGCUCGGGCACUGGUGAGGGGAGAUUUGCCUGCUGGAGGAUGGGGUGCACAGGGCUGGGCUGUCUGGCAGCUCUGGCCGUGCUCUGCAGGGCUCUCGGGGAUGCUCCCAGCAGAGGCUUCCCCUGGAAAGGGGACAUCACACCCCCUUCUGUGUCCCCCAGGCAUCAAAUGUGGGGGAGUACUUUCAGCACCCUCUGGCAAUUUCUCCAGCCCCAACUUCCCGGGGUUGUAUCCCUACGAGACAGAGUGCACAUGGCUCAUCGUGGUGGCCGAGGGCUCCUCCGUCCUGCUCUCCUUCAGCCACUUCGAGCUGGAGUACCACGACACCUGCGCCUACGACUACCUCCAGGUCUACAACGGGGCUGCCCGGGACCGGGGCAACCUCCUGGGCACCUUCUGUGGCCACAGCCCCCCGCCACCCUUCUCCUCCGCCUGGCACGUCAUGGCCGUGGUCUUCCGCUCCGACCGGCACGUGGCCAAGCACGGCUUCGCCGCUGCCUACAGGAAAGACGCCUGCGGUGGGCAGCUGACGGGGCUCUCUGGGGAGAUCUCCAGCCCCCGCUACCCCGAGAGUUACCCCAACGAUGCCGAGUGCCGCUGGAGCGUCGGGGGGGCCAGCGGUGGUGGCCCCCUCACCCUGGUGUUUGCUGACUUCCAGAUGGAGGGGGGCCAGGGCUGUGGCUUUGACUACGUGGCCCUUUUUGAUGGCCCCAGCGUCACUGCCCCCAGCCUGGGACGUUACUGCGGCAGCGCCCGCCCGCCCCGCACCGUCUCCUCCACCCCACACCUCCUCAUCAUCUUCAAGUCGGACUUCAACAUCGGUGGCAGGGGCUUCAAGGCCCAUUUCUACUCGGGGGAGUGCCAGGAGGUGUUCACCACCAUCAAAGGGAAUUUCUCCAGCCCUCAGUACCCCAACUUCUACCCCAACAACCUCAAGUGCCAGUGGAGCAUCCAGCUGCCUCCGGGCUACCGGGUCAAGGUCUUCUUCCUGGACAUGGAGCUGGAGGGCCGGAGCAGCCUGACAGGUGGCUGUGACUAUGAUCACUUGUCUGCCUUUGAUGGUGGCACCGAGAACGGAUCCCUGCUGGGCCGGUGGUGUGGGCGGGAGAGCCUGGCACCCGUCACCUCCCGCACCAACCGGCUGCUCCUGGUCCUCCACACCGACCGCAACACGGCCAAGAGGGGCUUCUCCAUCUCCUACGUGGGAGUUGUGCCCAUGAACGUCAGCUGCACCCGGACAGACUUCCACAUCCAGAUCCCUGUGCAGUCCCUGGCCCAGCUGGAGAGGAAUAGGAUUUAUUUGGGGACCCCCUCCUGUGCAGCCCAGGUGGUUGGCAGGAACUUUAAAAUACACACCAGGUUCGACACCUGUGGCACUGAAUCCCAGAGACGCAACAACACAUCUGUCAUCGUCAGCACCCUCUACAUUGAUUUUUCAGUGGGAGACCAGGAGGACAUCCACCAGUACGAGGUGCAGUGUGAGCCAAAGAGGAAGGAAGCCUCAGUGACCCUUAUUGCUGGCCCUGAUCCAUCCAGGCUCAGCCAGGCAGAAAACCUGGUGGAUGCCCAGAAGUGGGAGGGGGAAGCGAUCGAUGGCCGUGAAGUCAAGAGCCAGGACACCAGCGACAUCGUCUUCAUCAGCAUCUGCAUCCUGGCUGGGCUCCUCAUGGUCAUCGCAGUGGUGGGGCUGGUGCUUCUGUAGGAUGCUCUUUCCAGACCCCAGGGACUGCAGUCCCAGUACUGCCCAGGGCAGAGAGGCGCCCCAAAAUCUGCCCUCACUCCAGGCUGAACCCUAACAUAGCUGCCCAAACAGAGACACAGCUCCCAGGCCCUGAAACUGAGCCUGAACCCAACCUCCACCUUCUCUUAGUGCCUGGAAAAUCUGGGCAAUAGGCAGCCGUUUCUCUUCCCAAUUUGUUUUCCUCUGUCUCAAUCUGUCCAUUUGGCUCAGGAAUGCAAUUCUUAUGCUCCCUAACUCUUCCCACACCUGCUUCAAUUUGUUUUCCCUGUAGUGCUGCUGCUUUCAGGAAAGAAACAUUGUUUGCCGAUGGCUGCAAAUCUUCCUGUCAAUUAUUUCUAGCUGAAUUCUUGGAGGUACAAACCAUCCCCAAAUGUAGCUAUAUUCCCAACAAAUGUUCUCCGUGCUCCCAGC